AUGCAGCGAACUCUUGAAGCUAGCAGAUCUGCCCAUGCUUUGGCCAAACGUACUGUCCAUGUAAAAAUGUACCCAACUGCCAGGACGUUUGCUGAACGACGCGAGGUUCUGCGCGUUCUCGAGCAAUUCGGAGAAGUUACCAUGUUUCGCUCUCUCAAAUACUUCCCUAAAACUCCAAUUCCAAAUGCCUUUCUUGCCAUGUUCGUCGACGAGUCCGCAGCCAUUGCCGCACAAAACUCCUCCACGCUCCGCUACCGCCUCACCAUAACUCCUAAUCCACCACCUCUAACACCCUCCCAAGAAAUCGAAGCGUCCGUUGCUCCCCUGGAUCCGUCGGAUCCUGCAAACGCCCCUCCACCACAAAAAGAACCGAUCGAGAAAAUCUUCGAACUCCACAUCUCCUCCACAAAUUACGAUCAUGAGAAACAUAUCACAUCUCCCUCCACCAAUCCCCUCUAUGGGCCCUUUGUGCCUGUCUCUCACACCCGAUCAUAUAUUGCGUCCAGUCUCAAUCAGAUUAUACAACCAAGCCUCUGGGCUCCCGGUCUGAGAGAUUGGGAAACUGAUGGCUCGAAUCUGAGAGACGAGGUUGAAAUAGGAGAACGCGCUUCAAAGAGUAGUAUUGAGUGGAGGGUCAAUCAACGCGAGAGGAAGAGGAAAGAGAAGGGUAUGUCGUGGAUAAUGAAGGGAUUAAAACCCUUGAGAAACGAGUGGGAGGCCAAACAGCAGAAGCACGAAGAUCAAGACAAGGCGACCAUGAAUCCUACCAACUCAUCACCAUGA